ACCUUGUCUAUUAUGUGUCUCUCUCACUUUCAUCCAUCUCGAGUGUUGUUUCUCUUCUCUCUCCUCCUAACUUCUAUAUUUCCUCUUCUUUCCCUUCUCCACACCCAACCCUAACCCUAAUCACAAAAAUUCACAAUCCUUUCCACAUUCCCACCCCCAACCAACACACAGCGCUCGCUUAAAACCCUAAUUCCGACACUCCAAAAGAUCGCAAGCUCCUCUUCUCGAUUCGGCAAACCCUAAUAAUGGACUCGCAACAGAACAAUCUUUUCGAGACCGCUUCGCAACCCGACACCGGCAACGACGCCUACACCUUUCUCGAGUUCAACACGCAGGGCGAGGAUUUCGACUAUCCCGAGUUCCGCGACCCGAUUAGGUCGCCGGUUGCGUGGCCAACGCCGUCUGAUUCGCUCGCGGACCCGUCGGAGCGAGGCGGCGGCGGGGGAGGCGGUUCUGAUCACCAAUCAGAUACCUCGCCUGUCUCCGCGGCUCCCGGGAGUGCCACAAAGGGCGGCCGGUCGGGGAGCGGUGGUGGCGGGAACAGCAGCCAGAUGGUGGAUGCGCUCGCGGCGGGGAUGAGCGGAUUGAAUUUCGAGGACACCGGUGAUGAUGAUAACUAUGAGUAUGGGAAAGGGGAUUUCACUGAACACGCUUGCCGGUAUUGCGGGGUUUCCAAUCCCGCGUGUGUUGUGAGGUGCAAUGUGCCUUCUUGUCGCAAGUGGUUCUGUAAUUCUCGGGGGAACACUUCUGGAUCGCAUAUCGUCAAUCACCUGGUUCGGGCUAAACACAAGGAAGUCUGCCUACACAAAGAUAGUCCGUUGGGAGAAACAAUUCUUGAAUGCUACAAUUGUGGAUGUCGUAAUGUGUUUCUUCUUGGAUUUAUUUCUGCAAAGACGGAAAGUGUAGUCGUCCUUCUUUGUCGUGAACCUUGCUUGAGUGUUAAUGCCUUGAAGGACAUGAAUUGGGACCUUAGUCAAUGGUGCCCCUUGAUUGAUGAUAGGUGUUUCUUGCAGUGGCUUGUCAAGAUCCCAUCUGAACAGGAGCAGUUAAGGGCUCGCCAAAUAAGUGCACAGCAAAUAAAUAAGGUGGAAGAGUUGUGGAAGACAAAUCCUGAUGCUUCUUUUGAGGACCUUGAGAAGCCUGGUGUAGAUGAUGAACCUCAGUCCGUGGCUUUGAAAUAUGAAGAUGCAUAUCAGUAUCAAAAUGUAUUUGCUCCUCUUAUUAAGCUUGAAGCCGAUUAUGAUAAGAUGAUGAAGGAAUCACAAAGCAAGGACAAUGUCACUAUCCGAUGGGAUAUUGGUCUUAAUAAGAAGCGUGUUGCAUACUUUGUAUUUCCAAAGGAAGAUAACGAGUUGCGGCUUGUGCCUGGUGAUGAAUUACGAUUGCGUUAUUCUGGUGAUGCUGCUCAUCCUGCAUGGCAGUCAGUGGGUCACGUGAUUAAGCUAACUGCACAAGAGGAGGUUGCACUGGAGCUUCGUGCUAAUCAGGGGGUUCCAGUUGAUGUUAACCAUGGUUUCAGUGUUGAUUUUGUCUGGAAAAGUACAAGUUUUGAUAGGAUGCAGGGAGCUAUGAAAACCUUUGCUGUGGAUGAGACAAGUGUUAGUGGGUAUAUUUACCAUCACUUAUUGGGUCAUGAAGUUGAGGUUCAAAUGGUGCGUAAUGCCCUGCCUCGUCGCUUUGGUGCACCCGGGCUUCCAGAGCUGAAUGCAUCUCAAGUUUUUGCUGUCAAGAGUGUGCUUCAGAGGCCUAUUAGUUUGAUUCAAGGACCACCUGGAACUGGUAAGACCGUAACAUCUGCAGCACUUGUAUAUCACAUGGCCAAGCAAGGCCAGGGGCAGGUUUUGGUUUGUGCUCCCAGUAAUGUAGCUGUGGACCAGCUAGCUGAAAAGAUAAGUGCUACUGGAUUAAAGGUUGUGAGGCUUUGCGCAAAGUCAAGGGAAGCUGUGAGUUCUCCCGUUGAGCAUUUAACUCUCCACUAUCAGGUUCGACAUCUUGACACAUCAGACAAGAGCGAACUUCAUAAGUUACAACAGCUGAAGGAUGAACAAGGCGAACUUUCCAGCAGUGAUGAGAAAAAAUACAAAGCACUUAAGCGAGCAACAGAAAGGGAGAUUUCUCAGAGUGCUGAUGUGAUCUGCUGUACAUGUGUUGGUGCUGGAGAUCCUCGGCUUGCAAAUUUUAGGUUCCGUCAGGUACUUAUUGAUGAGUCCACUCAAGCAACUGAACCCGAGUGCCUUAUACCCUUGGUUCUUGGAGCAAAGCAGGUUGUUCUUGUUGGUGAUCAUUGUCAGCUUGGUCCAGUUAUUAUGUGCAAGAAAGCAGCCCGUGCUGGGUUAGCACAGUCACUUUUUGAACGCCUUGUUCUACUUGGUGUCAAACCAAUUAGGUUGCAGGUUCAGUAUCGUAUGCAUCCAUGCCUUUCAGAAUUUCCCUCAAACAGCUUCUAUGAAGGCACCCUGCAAAAUGGAGUCACUGUUAAUGAAAGACAAUCUUCCGGAAUUGAUUUUCCUUGGCCAGUGCCAAACCGUCCCAUGUUUUUUUAUGUUCAGAUGGGACAAGAAGAGAUAAGUGCUAGUGGAACAUCUUAUUUAAAUAGGACUGAGGCUGCAAAUGUUGAAAAGAUUGUAACUACUUUCUUAAAAAGUGGUGUGGUUCCAAGUCAGAUUGGUGUGAUAACACCUUAUGAGGGGCAAAGGGCUUAUAUUGUGAACUAUAUGUCAAGAAAUGGUGCUCUCAGGCAGCAGCUUUACAAGGAGAUUGAGGUUGCUAGUGUUGAUUCCUUUCAAGGAAGGGAGAAAGACUACAUCAUUCUGUCUUGUGUUAGAAGUAAUGAACAUCAGGGCAUUGGAUUCCUGAAUGAUCCUAGGAGGCUCAACGUUGCUUUGACACGAGCAAGAUAUGGCAUUGUUAUUUUGGGAAACCCUAAAGUUUUGAGCAAGCAGCCUCUAUGGAAUAGUUUAUUGACUCACUACAAGGAGCAUGAGUGCUUAGUUGAAGGGCCUUUAAAUAACUUGAAGCAAAGUAUGGUUCAGUUCCAGAAACCCAAGAAGAUUUACAAUGAACGAAGGCUUUUUUAUGGGGGUGGACCUGGAAUUGCAUCUAAUGAUAAUUUUGGUAACGUUGGAUCUGGUGCUGGCACAAGUUCAGAUCGGAGGAGCAGUCGAGGAAGGGGAUCUUAUAUACCUCCUGGUCCACCAAAUGGAACUCAUAAGCCUGGAGUGCAUCCUGCUGGAUAUCCUCCUGUGCCAAGGGUUCCCUUGCCUCAUUUUCAUGGUGGUCCCCAAUCUCAACCAUAUGCCAUUCCAUCUCGUGGGGCUGUUCAUGGACCUGUUGGGGCAGUUCCUCAUGUUCCAUCUCCAGGGAGUCGAGGUUUUGGGGCUGGGAGAGGUAAUUCUGGUGCUCCUCCAAUUGGCAAUCAUCUACCUCAUCAACAAGGCACCCAACAGCCUAUUGGAUCUACAUUUAACUUCCCUGCUCUAGAGAAUCCCAACAGCCAGCCAUCUGUUGGUGGUCCAUUAUCCCAACCUGGGUUUGCCAACAAUAUGCAUGUUCAAGGGGCUGGCCAAUCAUUUCGUGAUCAAUUUUCUAUGCCUGGAAUGUCCCAGGACUUCUUGGGCGAUGACUUCAAAAGCCAGGGAUCUCAUGUUCCGUAUAAUGUCACUGAUUUCUCUACGCAGGCUUCUCAAAGUGGAUAUGCUGUUGAUUAUGCUACACAAGGAGCACAAGGUGGAUUCCCAGGGAAUUUUCUUAACCAGAAUUCUCAAGCUGGAUAUUCUCGCUUUGGUUCUGGAAACGACUUUAUGUCACAGGACUACAUGGGCCAUGGAUCACAAGGCCUUUUCACUCAGGUGGGGUUCAGUGAUCCCUUGCAAGAUGAUGCAACACAGAGCCAUUUCAGUGUGGCAAAUGCCAACCCUCUUCAGUCCCAGAUGAAUUCUCUUUACUCCCAACCUUUUGCUCACUACAACACACAGCCGCUUAACAUGCAGGCUACCCAACAGCAGCCUCAGGCUCAGAACUCCCAAAAUCAGAAAAUCCACUAUAACGUUUGAGGAACUUUAGGAGCUUAAUGUGGCUUUGAUGGGUUAUAGUCUUUGCAAUCAGCAACUGGGUUUGUGCCUGUCUUUUGUGCUGAAAUACGUUUGCAUGUGACAUCCGAAGGAUUGCCUUGGGAUAGCUAUAUCGAGGAAUUGGUAUAUAUGAUUUCAGUUGAUGGAAGUUUGGGGCAUUACGAAGAUACAAGCAGGCGCAUCCCGGGCUGAAAAUUGAUAAGAUAACCCCCUUUACCGUACUGAAGUUUUGUAUUGUUUGGGAUUAAGGUGAAAUUGUUCGAGAAAGCAUUACAUGGAAUGGUUUUGUCGAAAGGGUUUCGAUCUUGAAGCAGAAGGGGCAGUUUACAUGUCGGUGAAAUACUGAAUAUAGUAAUCCAUACGGCACCAAUCAUCGCCAAGGAAGUUAUUAUUGUACAGAAGGCAGGGAUGCGGUGAACCCUUUCAGCUCUUCCUGACAUGUAAUUUUUCAACUCGAUAUUAUAGACACAAGUUAUAUUAUGCAACUAUUGCCACUCGUAAUUUUCUGUGGCAUAUAAAGGUGUGAUAAUUGUUUCCUUGUAAAUUAGUUAUCUUAUAAGUGCAACAUCUGAGUGCUUUGAGUAGUAAUUACGCAGAGAUUUUUAAUCUCCUGGUUAAUAGCUAACUGGAGUUGGAAGUUACAAAUCUGAAGAUGUCUACUGUCCUCAAUGGGUGAUAUGUAAUGAUGUAUCGUUAGUUGA